GACAGCUGGUCCUGGCAGUCCCGUAUGGCGUGCCCAGUCCAGUUCCUGUGCAGGGGGCUGCGCACUGUUGGAUUAGUUCUUCUCUACUAUGUCUUCUCUAUAGGCAUCACAUUCUAUAACAAAUGGCUAAUGAAGGGCUUCCAUUACCCCCUCUUCAUGACUUUAGUUCACCUCACCAUCAUCUUCUGUCUGUCAGCUCUGACACGACAGGCUGUGCAGUGGUGGACAGGGAAACCUCGCGUUACUCUGAGGUGGAAAGAGUACCUCAGAAAAGUAGCACCCACGGCCAUCGCAACAGCGCUGGAUAUUGGACUUUCCAAUUGGAGCUUCCUCUUCAUCACCAUUAGCCUGUAUACCAUGACCAAGUCCUCAGCAGUGCUUUUUAUCCUGUUUUUCUCUCUGGUCUUUAAACUGGAGGAGCCGAACCCGUUUCUGAUCCUGGUGGUCCUGUUGAUCUCCUGCGGUCUCUUUAUGUUUACCUUUGAGUCGACCCAGUUUAAUCUGGAAGGCUUUAUUCUGGUGCUCCUAGCAUCCUUCAUAGGGGGGAUUCGAUGGACCCUCACUCAGGUCCUCACGCAGAAAGCAGAGCUGGGCCUUCAAAACCCAAUAGAUGCCAUGUACCACCUCCAACCUCUCAUGUUCCUUGGGCUCUUUCCUCUCUUCCUGUUUAAUGAAGGGCUGAGCCUCAGCACCUCAGAGAAGUUAUUCCGGGUGACGGAGCUCUCGCCUCUCCUGUAUUCCCUCUUCACAUUAAGCAUUGGCGGCUUGCUGGCCUUUGGUUUGGGCUUCUCUGAGUUCCUGCUGGUCUCCCGAACCUCCAGCCUCACCUUAUCCAUAUCAGGGAUCUUUAAGGAAGUAUGCACUCUGCUUUUAGCCGCUUUUCUGAUGGGAGACAAAAUGAGUAUGCUCAACUGGCUGGGAUUCGCUGUGUGUCUGUGUGGUAUUUCAUUACACGUGGGACUCAAGACAUAUUAUUCUAAAAAUAAGGGUCCUUCUUUAAGGCAGCUCAAGAGUAAGAGCCCAGAACUUGAGCUGCCGUUACUGCAGCGAAAUGGGAAUGAAAGUAAGGACUCGGCUACUGAUGAAUGUGAUGAUGAAGAAGAAGAGAUCACUCUACACUGACAGGACUUGGACACAGUCUCCAUGCUGCACAUUCCUUCCCUACUCUUUUGUUAGAUGGUUUGAACAGUGAUGUCAGAGAAGUGUUUCCAGGUGUGGGACUCUUGUUGUUUUUUGUUUUUUUGUUUUUUUUUGUUUUUUUUUGUCCCCACCAUGAGUCACAGUCUGGCUCAGGGCCUCCUUAUGGACUCUAUAUUUACAUAGUACUUUAAACGUGGCACAGCUGAUAACAUUUUACCUUCAAAAUGUAGCAGAUGCAUGCAUGCAUUAACAAAGAAUAUGUGGAGAGCAAAGGAGUAAACUCCAGCUUUAACAGGAUACUUUGGCACCUCGACUCUGGUGGAUCAGUUCUCUGUCAGCUCUGCAGUAUUAACAUAUCGUUUCAUAUAUUUGACAAAUUAUUAUGGAUAACUUAUUUCAUGGACAAAUGCUGACGAGGCAGAGUGCAAACUUUAAUAUUAUAAGUUAUUGAUGGUAAAAAUGGAUUACUGCGCUUCCUUUGAUUCCUAUUUCUUUGGUUGGCUUUGUAAUUAGAUUUAGAUAAUAUAAUAGAUGACAGAUGGAUCAUGAAAGCCUGCAGAGCUUCAGUGAAUUAAAUCCUGAGGUUACUUUUUAGUUUAGUCAGUUAACUGCCAUCAAAAUUUCAUUUUUAAAAUUUUUUGUUUUGUGGUUUUUGGGGCUUGGGAUUUUUUUCCCCCAAUCCCAAACUCAGAGAUAAUCAGAUUCAUUUUGCAUUGACUGAAUCAGCUGUUUAAUGGAUGACGGCCUCUGUAUGUCAGAAAUUUCAAUAAUCAUAAAGUACUAAACAUUACAAAGACACAAGUCAGCUUUUACAGAGCUCAGAUUGAUGUCAGGACUUUUGCCUAAAAUUCUAACUUUGCUAAUGGAGUUAAAAUAUUCAUUGAUUGCAUAUUUUAAUUUGUAGAGUUGAAGAGUGUUUAUUGAAUUGGACAAUAAUUGUCUACAGCCUUUUUGAGUCAUAAUUUGAGAUGUCAUGAAUAGUGAAACUGAUCUUUAAUGUGCCUUAUAAGCAGAUGGAAGGAACAAUUUUAAUAACUGAUGAUGACUUUGUUAGAGUUUAAAGCCAUUUCUAAAUGUUUGUUUUUUUUGUCAUGAUUUUCUUUAAAUGCAGUGUUGUUUGAGUGUUAUUUCAGAAAAUAAACAAAAAAUUUGUUUUCGUUA